AUGCCAACCACUGAAAACAUAGGGAUCAGGAGGCAGGCCACUCUGUUCAAGAAGGCUCAUCAAUUGUCAGUUUUAUGUGAUGCGGAGGUAGCGAUCAUCGCUUUCACAAGCGAUGGAAAGCUUCAUGAAUUCUCGAGCACCAGCAUGGAGCACACUCUUUCAAGAUACAAGGGCGAGGUGGAGCAGUCUAGGCCAGAAGAGGGCCGCCGCCACGAACCUGCGAAACUGGAGAAGCCAAAACCAUGUGACAAUUACAUUAUUCAUGAACUGAAGGGAAAACAUGCAGCGCUGAGUUUGGAGAUCUCGCGGAGAAUGGGAAAAGAGUUGGAUGACUUGAGUAGGGAAGAGCUGUGUGCCCUAGAGGAGCAACAACUUUGGGCGUUGUUAUCUGUCAAUGACAAGAAGAAGGAACUACUUGUGGAGAUGUUGCAGAGGUCUAUGUCGGGUGAUGAACAGCGAGCUGUGCAGGAGAAAGAGAACCUGAUCAGAGGGUUUGAGGGGAGGAUCAGGGAAAGGCCAUAUGUCCUUCAAGACCAUGGCCUGAAUAGGAUGGUUUACAGCACAAAAUUGAAAGCUGUUUCACUUUACAAUCGUCCAUCACAGAUCCAGCGAUGAGCAUUCCGACAUCUUGCAACUGCGGCUGUGAUAAUAUAUUGUCGAAAAGCAAUUAGUGCUG